AUGACCAAUGAAGAACUGUUCCAAAAGCUCAUGUCUGAAAUGGGAAACAAAUUGAAUGCUAGAAUAGAUAAGCAAGAUGAGAACAUUAGAAACAUCCAAAUGUCGCAAAUGAGCUUAGAGAAACAAGUUGCGCAAGUGGCAAAUUCUUUGAACUUGCGUCACCAAGGUGGGUUGCCCGGUGAUACUGAGCUUAAUCUAAGGCAACUACAUGAUGUGAGUACUAGAAGUGGACUACAAUUGGAGGAAUUAGCUCCAACAAAGAGGGACAACGAGGUAAACACCAAGGAGACAAAAGUGGAAGAGGUAGUGAAAAGUCUAAAUGUUGAAGAACCUAUUCUUCAAAAGAAGUUACCACCUCAGUUUUCGCAAAGGCUAAAGAAGCAGAAUGAAGAUGAAUGCUUCGAUAAAUUUCUCUCUCUUCUUAAACAGGUUCACAUUGAUCUGCCUUUGCUUGAGAUUCUGCAGGGUAUCCCGAAGUAUGCUACAUAUGUGAAGGAAAUUGUGGCAAGCAAGAGGAGGCUCAUAGAGUAUGAAACUGUAGCACUUACUGAGGAGUGCAGCUCAAGGGUCCAAAAUAGACUGCCCAAAAAUUUAAAAGAUCCGGGUACUUCUACUGCGCAAAUCACCAUUGGGCAAAGUGUUCAUGCCCGGGGGUUAUGUGAUCUAGGGGCUAGUAUAAAUCUGAUGCCCUUAUCUUUAUAUCAAAAGCUUGGGUUGGAUAGUCCGAAAAGAACCACUGUUAUUCUCCAACUCGCGGAUAGAUCCAUUCCUAGGCCGAAGGAGGUGGUAGAAGAUGUCUUAGUACAAGUAGAGUCAUUCAUCUUUCCUGUAGAUUUUGGAGUCUUAGUUUGA